AUGAGUGUCAACGUGGUGGAGAAACGAGGAGCUUUUACAAAUAUUUAUUCAAAUUGCUAAGUAAUUUAACCUGCUUUUAAAUUUUUAUACAAUAAGGAAGGUUUAUUUUGAAUAAUAAUAAUUAGUACUUUAGAAAGAAUAAGUAGGGAACUAAAAUAAGUAGAAGAAAAAUUCUUAUUCUAAUAGAGAAAGAACUUCCAUAUUGACUGUGGGGAAUAAGAACAACAAGAAUAUUGCAGCCUAUGAUUUUGGAGUAGAUAUGCAUAAAUAGAUUAAGAAGACUAUUUUUUACACAAAUUUAUUAAGUAUAUACUACAAUUUCAAAACUUUUUGGAUUAAUUAGAUUAAAGUGAAUCAAUCUUUAUCUUCCCUAUAAAAAUAAGAUUUUUUUUCAAUUAAUUGUCUUUUGAUACCAAUUUGUAUAUUUGCUUCAAAUGGUUUCAAAAUUUUAGGAAGUAUUGAUCAGUUGAAACUAAUUUAGAGUCCGUUAUGCCUUUGCUAGAAUUUUUAUGA